AUGGAAUCGCCGGAUCGUGUCCAUCGAAAUCUUGAUCAUGGGCCUCGCAGUUAUACUGACCAAGUCCUGAAAAUACUGAAAGACAAAGCUACAACGGGACGGAAAUUUUGUCCUCAAGAUGCGAAUGAAUGCCAAUCUGAAUCGAUUGCCUUCACCCAAGGAAGCCGACGCGGUAGUAAGGGUUCAUUCAAACGUGGUGGUCCGUCCUCAGGGCUGCACCGACAUGCGAAAUACGCAGCUGAGCAACCCGCCGACCGAGUGAAACCAGAGAGCCAGGCCCCCAAGCGCUUACUCAAGAGAAAGACUGCCGGCGAUAUUGAAAUUCUCAAAGAGGAGAUGGAGGAUGUUAAGAAGACGCUUGCAUCUCUUCAAUCGCUUUUGACUGAGCGAUACAAAAAAAAGCGGGUGUCUUUUGCAGAGGAUCUCCACUGA